GGUAUUGCUGGUUGUAGGAUCAUUUUGUUUAAAAUUGCAGGACGACCAAGAAACAAUAACUAAAAUUGUUGAUGCAACAGGCAUUUUUAAUGGUGCAGCAUUUGGUUUAUACGCGCACCUUGUGUGGCAACAAAUAACGUUAAUACAACUGGAAUUUCUCCUAAGGCGCUCGUAACAAUUGCAAUGUGGCUUGCAAGCUGGGUUCGUAUGUCAAGUGUGUGAGCUCCCCAUAAUUACCGGGAUCUGCAUAUCACCCGAAACAGGAUCUCACCGUAACCGGUAUCCCGCCAGGAUCGGAAACCCACUGGAUCGGGAUCCCACCGGGAUCAGGAUCUCACCGAAACGGGAUCCCACUGGAUUGGGAUCUCAUUUAGUUUGGGAUACCACCGAAAACGGAUCUCACCGGGAUCGGUAUCUUACCGGGAUCGGGAUCCCACCAUGACCAGGAUUCUAUCGGAAUCACAUCGGGUUCGGGAUCCCAUCAUGAUCCUUCCGGGUGCCAUCGGAAAACAGGAAAAACGAAAGGUUUACAUAAGUUAUUUUAAUUGUUUUUAAUAGGAGACAAAUUAAUUAUUAUUAUUUUUACUGUAGUGUUGUUGUUUUGUUGUUGACAUUUCCUUUAAUAGCAAUGUGAACUAAAAGGACGUAGCAGAUGUUUUUGUCUGAAUGCAGCCCCGGGCGACUCCGGUUAUCGUUGAUAGUAAAGUUAUAAAAUAAAUAAAUCUUUUAUUUUAACAAGAUUCAUCCAAUUGGGCAACUUUUAUAAAGUAUCUUUAAAGACAAAAGAGUUAUCCUUGAUUUACCACAAUGGCUCCGUAAAACACGAAAGAUUCAUACAAAUGUACUUUUUUUAUCUCGUAAAAUUUGUUAAAUUGUUGUAUUCCAAUAAAAAGAUGGUAUAUAACUUUUAAAAUACUUUUUAUAAAGAAUUAACAUAAUUUUACACGGGAAAAUAAGAAAUUCAAACAGAAAUAAUAUACGCACCUGAACUGCACUUUUACCCUAAACUUACUGACUUACUAAAGACUAUACUAUAUGAAAAUAUUGCUGAACUGAAAGGCAAUUCGAAAAUUUAUUAUGAAUAAAAUCGCCCGAGUUAUUUUAUUUAUGUAGUGCCGGUUUGACCCUUGUAUUGUAAUGCAAUACUUUUAUUUAUAAUGAUACUAAUACCCUUGCCCUUGCCGCCCUAAGACUAAAUUAAUUUCUUUUUUUUUUUUGUUUUGUAUGUUUUAUUAUCAUUUCGGCUUAGGACUUUGGACUUAACCAUUUUUGUUGUUGUUAGCUUUCAAUUUCAACGAUUUUACAUUUAACAUUUCUUUUAUUCAUAUUCUUUCUAUUUUAAAGUUAUAGAAGGAAAUGUAAUUCAAAAAAUUAUUAUGUAUUUUAAUUGGUAAUUGUAAAUAAGUAUAAGUUAAGUAUAAGCUUUCAAAUCCUUUAGCCAGCGUUCCCCGUUCCCCGAACGCUGCCUAGAGCAGUGGUUCUCAACCUUCAUGCAGAGUCAGAGACCCUAUAAUAAAAUUCCUUAUGUUGUGGCAACCCCCAAACACAUUUUUUCCCCGUUGAAUAUUAUUUCAGAGCCGUCGUCGCUUUACUUGGAGGCCCCCCUGCUACUUUUCGAUUGCAACUUUGAUUGGUGAAUUAAAUAUUAAAAAAAACAACAACAACACCUUGAGUUUUACACAGUUCAGACUUUAAAAUAGACUGGGAGCGACGUAGUCGAACAACGCGUUACACUUUGGAGAGGGUGGGGAUAAGGGGGUAGUUUUAGUAGAUAAAUCAACUUAUUGAUAUUGUGCUAUUUACAAUGCAUUAUUUAAUCACACUUACUUUUUAUAGAAAUUAAAUUCAGUUGUUUUCCAUCCCCCAGAGGCAAAUGUUAUGUUUGUUUCCUGAGGCUUAAUAACAAGGCCUAUGUCUCACUUUCUUUUCUUCCUUUGGCCUGAUUUACUAUUAAGACUAUUAGGGCCUAGCCUAGGUAGCCUUCCAGUGGCGUGGCGCAUAGCAUAACUAUAGAAUGGGACCAAAAAAAAAAAAGAAUACCAAUUAGAUGUUAUUUACAAUUUACUGAUAAAUAUGUUUGGUGUUACGUUGAUAUCAACAAUAAAAGGAAUAUAAAGGUUAAUGGUUGAAAUUCCCAAUGAAAAAAAUGCAUUAAAUUAAAAACAUUUAUUUAGCCACGUUACAAUGAUGUAUUUUUUCGUCAGUGUAAGCUAUUAAUAGAUUUUUUAAAAAAUCAUUUUUCUUCAGUGUAUAAAUGUAGGCUAACUACCUGCCUUUGUUUUACGGUAGGCCUACACGGUUAAAAUUUAGAUAGAAAUAAAUACAUUCUCGAUUGAAACGAUUGCCGCAGACCUGAAAACACAAGUGGAAUGCCACUGUGGCCCACAUCACCGUGUCCAAUUAGGCGCUGCCAUAAUAUUAUGUCCACCAAGCCUGUUAAAUUAAAAUAAACGCAAAACAACUGAUAAGCCACGCCACGAGACCAUGUGGUGAACAGGUCAGAAAGUUUAUAAAUUAGUUUAUUAAUUUUGAGGCCAUGGAAGGGGAUAUAAGUAGAAGCAAAAGAAAUAUUUUUUGACUGAUGAUUAUGAAUGGGCCUACUUUGAUUUUUUAAAAAUUCCGUCUAACUAUGUUAUAUUAUAUACAGCCUACCGUGACAUUAUAGAGUUAUUUAUAACUUUAAGGCUAUCAAUGACAACUCUUAAGAACAAGUAUUAUGAAUGGCAACUACUACGUCAUUUACACAGACGAGCUCACAAAAUAGGCUCAUGUCCUAUAGUCGCGAAUGUUUUAAAUUUUAAAAAAUGGGUGGUAGUGUUCACAUUCACAGGCCGGGGUCUUUAAUGUAGGCCUACACAUGUAAUCCCACACACACUUAUUAACGUCAACGUUAUAUUUUUAAGAGCUCAUCAUUUUAACUGCUUUAAUAGGCCCCAGUAGCAGUUUGGCGUGGACUCUCAAACUAAAAUGUUGAAAAACAUUUAAUGUGAGCACACGAAUUUGAAAAUCCUAUAUAAAUCGUUCGCUUUUGUUUGUGUGUUUCUUUCUUUCAGUUUGGUUAUGUGGGAAAAUCUUCGGACGACUAAUUGACCACUUCCCGUCAAUCCAUCAAGCUAAAACUUGGCACAUAGACUUGUUGCCGACGACAACACAGUCCAUCAAAUUUUCAAAAUUAAAUGUAGACGUUAAGUCUGCAGACAGUCGUAGACGAUUUAUCCCAUGCCAUAACUCCUUUUCUUCGACCUGGGGACCGUCCAUAAAGUAGGCUACAUCUAGCUAUUUUCGGAAAUAUUUUAUCCCCCCCCCCAACCCUUUCACAAUCUGUCACAAAUCUCAAUCUCCCCCCCCCCCCCCUUUAAGCAUGUUACAUUUGCAAUUUUAUUAUUAUUAUUUAAAAAAAAAAUUAACAGUUAAUUAAAAUUAAAUCCAAAACACACUUCACUAUUUAACUGCACGUGAAGUCUUCUGUCAGAAUACAUACAACACAAGAUAAAGUUCAACAUCAUUGUCAAAUCAGGUUUUAUUUGUAUGAUAAAAAAUAUAUAUAAUUAUGUGUAAUAAAUAAAUAUAUUUCAAUUCAGCCCCCCCCCCCCUCAAAAAAAUAGAAAAGGGGUUGGGGUGGGGAAUCUAAGUAAAAGGUUGUUAAAUUGCGAAUUGACAAAAAGACUAAUAGUUUUUUAUAGUUUGUUUUUAAAUAGCUAAUUAUUUUAAAUGGCCUAUUAUUAUUAUGCUGUUUCCUUCAACUAUUCAAAAAAAUAUUUUGUCUCCCAAGUUAUUUAUUAGACUAUGGCCAGGCCGGUGAGACUAAAAGAAAUUAUUAAAAGUAUUUUCGUGAAUAAGUGAUGUAGGCAAUAAUGAACAUGUUUUUUUUUAAUUUAUUUUAAAAUUGAAUUGAAUAGACUCGUUUCUUCACUGACUUUUAGUUUUAUUUAGUCUUCACUUAGUUUCACUAACUGAGACUACUUCUGGCUUCUAAUACUAGUGUUAGUAGUCAGUGACAGUGAACGCAGUGUCUACUAACUACUACUGUCUCCUACGUAACUUAUUAUGUCUAGAGUCACUCACUAAGACAAUAGACUGAAAGACAGCGCCCUUAUUGGCCUUAUCAUUAUCGGUCAGAGUAGACAGGCUUUUAAUUUUAAUGUUUAGGCCUUAGGCGCCUUGCCUUUUAUCCCCAGGCCACUUUUUAGUUUAGUUUGAUUGAUAAUUCUGGAGUUUUGGGCUAUUCGUAAAGUCCAAGGACUUCGACUUCACUUCAUUCUUUAUUAUUCAUUAAUAAUAUUAAAUUUGAAUCUUUAUUUGCGUCUAAAAAUAUACUAUAUCGUCCAAUUAAAAAAAAAGUGUUACAAAUUUGUGAGGGUAAAAUACGUAAAAAUCAAGCAAAAUGUCAUUUGUGAAUGGCUCUUGAGUCCGAUUCUACCUCUGUCCAUCACUCCUAAGGCAAGGCUUAAUUCAAUACUAGUAGUAGUAGGCCUAGAACUAGUAAAAGACCUAUUUUAAAGGACAUUUUAAAAUAUAAAUAGGCUUAUAAUAAGGGUUGUCCAUAAAAGUAUGUCAUGCUAUGUUUUGUUAAUUUUUACCCUCUCCCUUUCCCCUGUAACAAAUCUCAGCUCCCCCCCCCCUCCAAAGUGUCACAGGUGGAAACUUAAAAGUUGUUAAUAUUAAAAACUUAUUAAAAUUUAAUCUCAAACAAACUAUUUAAGUAUUAAAAUGUAUAAGAGGGACAUCUUCUGUCAGAAUAAAUCCAUCACAUCCAUCACCAGAAAGUUCAACAUCACAUUCAAUUUCAGGUUUUAUAUGUAUGAUAUAAAAUUUAAAUUUGUGACAUCACACUAGAACUUAAACCCCCCCCCCCCCCUUUUGUGGGACCCCCCCCCCCCCCCCCCCAAGCAUGAUAAACUUUAUGGACAGCCUCAAAGUCGUAGGGCUACCAAAAUAACUAUUUCUAUUUCAAUACUAGAAUUUCAAAAUCUUUAAAUUGUUAAAUUUUAUGCAGUAUUUGGGCUAUUGAUUUAGAUUUUGUUUUUCAUUAGUAUAACCAGAUAAUCUGAAGGGUAAGAUUUUAUGAAUUCACACAGUGGGUGGGUGGGGUUUAAGACUUAAGCAUAGUAGCAGAAGGGUUCUCAACCUUUUUGCAGUCAAGCAACAACACCCCCCCCCCCCCUUGAUAAAUUGUCUUGUACCAGUGCUGGUACAAAAAAAUUAAGAAAUUUGAAAAUACUUCAUUUGUGGUAGUUUUCAUUUUUUGCUAGAAACAAAAUAUUCAUCAGUACAAAUAAUGGUAAAAAAAAGUUGAAUUCACACAGUGGGUGGGUGGGGUUUAAGACUUAAGCAUAGUAGAAGAAGGGUUCUCAACCUUUUUUCAGUCAAGCAACAACACCCCCCCCCCCCCUUGAUAAAUUGUCUUGUACCAGUGCUGGUACAAAAAAAUUAAGAAAUUUGAAAAUACUUCAUUUGUGGUAGUUUUCAUUCUUUGCUAGAAACAAAAUAUUCAUCAGUACAAAUAAUGUGCAAAAAAAGUUAGCAACAAGUGGCAAUUACAGCAAAUAACAAUCUCUUGGUUUCUCUCUCACCUCUUGGCACUGCCUCUCACUUAAAGUGGGUGUGGGCAUCCUUGGCUAAGAACCCUUGCUUUAGAUGAAGUGCCAUGACCAGUUGCAAUGGAGACUCCAUAUAUGGCAAAAAUAUCCUCAAAUGAUGUCAUAAUGUGAUUGACCUUUUACUGUAAUUCUUAAAGUAAGGUUAAAGAUUAAUAUUCAUUUUAAGAAUCAGUUUCUUUUUAUUGUUACAAUGAGUAACCAUUUUUUCUGCAGACUAAUUUCUCAAGAUGGAUACUGAGAAAAUUGAACGUUUACGAGAACGAAUGCUCCAAUGUGCAGUGUGCAUGGAUGAAUACAAAGAUCCUCGGAUACUUCCAUGCCAUCAUACUUUAUGCUUUGAAUGCAUCUCAAAUGUCCUUCAGUCAUCCUCCACCACAGGCAGACUGUUUAAGUGUCCUCAAUGUCGAUCAGAUGUUUUUGUCCCACAGGGAGGAAUAACAAAUUUACCAAUUAAUUUUUAUAUCACAAGUUUACAAGAUGAGCUUGGAACAAAAGGUACAUUUGGGAUGGCGUCAUUAGUCAUUUAUUAUUAACUUUUUAAAAAUCUGAUAAUUCUGUUAAAAAAUUAAAAUAAGAGCACGAAACAAUAUUCUUUUAUAGACAUGAAAAUCAAAUAUUUGUAAUGUUUAGUUGAGAAAGGGACGCUGAUUUUAAAACUCUUUGCCUUACUUUCAGGAUACACAAGCUUGUGUGAAAUAUGUGAGCGUGACUGGCUCACAUCGCAGUUUCGCUGUAUAGACUGUGACAUUGACAUAUGUCACUUCUGUAUCCACGCCCAUAGAUUAGAGUUUCACGCAGAUCCACCCAAGGUUUUGAGAAUAGAAACUGCCAACAUUAACAUCAAUCAAGUUUCAAACAGUGCAUGUAGUGACCAUGCUGAAGAAAUUUUGCAGAUGUAUUGUUGUACUUGCAAUAAGGCAAUCUGUAUCAGUUGUUCUUUCACCAGCCAUAAGAAGCACAGUAUUAUUCCUCUUAGUAAAAAAAUGAGGGAGUCUAAAUCUUUUUUGCAGUCAGAGGUUGAUUCUCUAACAUCAGAAAAAAGGAAUGCACUGAAAGCAGCUGAAGUCUUAGAAAAAAUGAAAUCGGAAGUUAUUACAGCUUCGAAGCACUCCAUGCUUGCUCUUGAUGUGGUAGCGAGAAAAUCAUAUGAUUUAGUAAUGCAAAAGAAGUUUGAGAUUGCAAGGGAGUUAAAGUGCUCAGAAGAAAAACAGCUGGAAAAGUUUGAAACUGCUUUACAAAAUCUUAAAAUGUACAUUCAACGUCUCGAGCGGGGUCUUGCAUUUCUUCUGGACCUUCAGGAUAAUGAUGUUUGUUUGGAAGUACUUGAUACAUAUAAGGAAUUUUCCUACAAGUUGGAUGCAACACGUAAGAUCUUUACAAGUAACCAUAUCAGAGUUGAUCAUAGUCGUUUCACUGGUGGGCAGUUUUCUCAUAUUUUUGAUGUCAGCUUAGGCAUUUGUAGGAAGAUUUGUCACUUUGGUAAUCUUGGGAAUGUCUCAAAAGAGAGAUUUUGCUUGUCUGUUAUUCCCAAGACACUUGGUAUACAGAAACGUUACAGAGGUGUAGAGCAUGUUGUAAAAAGCAGUUCAUUUAAAUGUUUUUUGAGGUUUUUAUUUUGUUUUGCUGUAUGUCAAUUUGUCUUCUUCCUCGGUGAUGUUAGUGGACUAUUUGGCUUUUUUGCCAGUGGUCUCUUUGUUAUAUACACACAACUUAUGGACUUGUUGAUGAAAUUUUAGUUGUAGUUGAUACUAACUUUACCAGACAUUAGACAACUAUGAUAUUUACGGUGACAGAUAAAAAAUGUAUGCGUCAUGUUUACAUGGUAAAUUUUAACAGUUGAAAAUUAUAACAAUUGCUUAAUUGAUGAAAUAUGGUCACAAUAAAAUUACUUGUUAAAUUAAAACAACAAAAUAAUUAGGCAAUAAUAUUUUAUCGUUAUGGAGUGUAAAUUGCUAACAGCUAAGUAUAAGUUAUCUUUAAUUUGUUGAAACUUAAACUAUAGUAAAAAGGAUAUUUAAGAGACACAUUUUUAAACUCAAACAAUUGGAUUUGAUUAAAGAAAACAUUUUUUCAUGCUUAUUAUGAUAUAAUAAUCUAUUUUUAUGAUGUUCUAUAUACGAUUUUGUUUCUGCAGGUUCAGGAACAUAAGAAUAGUUGAGAAUUUUUUUUUUUUUGCAGAAAAAGUAUAAUUCUUCAAACUAUUUAGUAUUGUAAUUGGUUAUGCAACAUAAGAAAGUUCAUAAUCUGUUUUCUUUACAGCAUAUAAAAUACUGUCAUAUGUAUUUUUAUGUGUUCCUGUGCAACAGCUUUUUCCUUAUUUAAAAAGUUAAUUUUAUGAAUUUUAUAAGAGGGUUAAUGUUGUACUGUAUGUUUAGCCCUCAGUGAGGGUUUUACUUUUAAUAAAAUACUUGAAGCUUCUAUUGGUCCCAUCAAAAUUAAAAUGAUUCUUUGUUUUUCAUCAACAAUGUAUAUUGUGGGCUUUCAGUGUGCUAAUGUGGAUAUUUGGCUUACAUUUGGUUCAAAUAAUUCUUUGUUUCUGCUUCCUAUAUAUUUUAUGCUAGGCAUCUCUACAUUUCUUUGCAACAUAAUCUGGGUACCAGAAGUACUAUCUGCCCAGAUGUAGUUUCUUUUGUCAAUUUGUAGUUCAGAGCAUAGUCGAAAUUGGCACAAGAACUAUCCUUAUAACUUAUAAUAUUGAUUCCUAUUUUAGGUGCCAUUUGAGAAAAUAGUUUGUUUUCUUCUAUUUUUGUUUUCUUAAGUACCUUAGUCACAGUGUAGUUGAGUGCGUGACAUUUUGAUGGCUUUAAUUUUAUUUAUUGCAUGUGAUAUUGAAUUAUAUUUGAUUUGAUGCUGCUAUUGUCAAAAUAAAAAACCCCAUUCAUUUGAAGGCUUCUGAAAUUUCAUAACAUUUGUGCAACUUAUAUAUCUCUGUGUCUGCUGAGGUGUAUCAAAAAUUAUUUUGGAAAUAAAGAUUUAUAAAAAAAAGUUAUUUCAUUACUGUACUAGAAAUAAUUUAUUCCCUUUUAAUUGUAUAUUGUGCAAAAUGGAUGAUAUUAACAAUGUGUAAGAGAUUAACAAUGUGUAAGAGUAAGAGACUAACAUAGAAUGGACAAGUUUAUUUUAACACAUUUUUAAAAUUGGGAUUGAAAGAAAGCUGGACAGAAAAUCAAACUGGCUGGAGCAGCGGGACAGAACUGCUAAACCAGGACAAUCCUGGUCAAACUAAGACUUAUGGUUAGCCGAGUUAUCUAUUUAGUAGAGAUUGAUAGGGGUGUUCAAUGAUUAUAG